AUGCUCGCAGGUGAACUGUUGAAGGCUCUCAUUAACUACUGGCAUAUCGUACUGGUGGCCCUUCUUGCCGCCCAUCUUGCCAGCAACAAGUACUACAAAGGACUCAAUAAGUACCCGGGCCCUCGAUUAGCAGCUUUCACCAACUGGUGGCGAUACUUCGAUGUACUGUCCAGGAAGGCGGAACGGACCCAUCUCGAUCUGCAUCGAAAACACGGUGACAUAGUGCGACUUGGCCCGAAUGUUCUGUCCUUUGCGGAUCCACGAGCGAUCAAGAUCAUCUAUGGACUGAAUAAAGGCUUCACAAAAAGUGACUUCUACAUUGUACAACAAGCAGUUGCCAAAGGCGAACGAUUGCAAUCACUUUUCAGCACGAAAGACGAAGACUACCAUGCGAAAUAUCGGAGAUGUGUCAGCAACGCUUUCUCCAUGUCUUCCCUCGUUGGUUACGAACCUUUGGUCGACAGCGCUCUGAACGCUUUCAUCGAGCAGACACGCCGGCGUUACUGUGACACGGGACGAAGCUGCAAAUUCUCAAGGUGGCUUCAAUUCUUCGCUUUCGACGUCAUCGGAGAGCUCACCUGGAGCAAGCAACUGGGAUUCGUGCAGCGUGACGAAGACGUCGAAGGCAUUGUGAAAUUUGUGGCAGACUUCCUCAAAUAUGCUGCGCCGGUCGGACAGAUGCCCUUUUUGGACCUCAUAUGGGAGAAGAAUCCGCUGAGGCUGAAGCUGCAGCAGCUGGGAUUCAUCAAGACCGAAUUUCCAGUAUCCCGCUUCGCACUCGCUCAGAAUGCAACUCGAGCCGCAGAGAUCGAGAAGAUCAAACAAGGAGCAGCUCUCGAUGAUCGCUCAGGCAAAGGCAUCGAUUUCUUGAUGAGGUUCACCCAAGCCCAACACGACCAUCCCGAGUUCAUGACAGACAAGCAAGUCCUCGCAUCUUGCAACAGCAUGAUCUUCGCCGGCUCCGAAACAACAUCCAUCAGUCUCAGCAGUGUCUUCUACCACCUCAUCAAACACCCUCGCGUCUACCAGAAGCUCAUGUCGGAACUGGACGACGCCGCCGUCAACGGCACCAUCACAGAGAAAAACUACGGCAAAGUCUCCUGGUCCGAAGCCCAAAAACUCCCCUAUCUCGACGCCGUCAUCCAAGAAUCUUUCCGCAUGCAUCCCGCCCCAGGCCUCAUCCUCGAACGCGUCGUCCCACCCCAAGGCAUGGACAUUCUCGGAGAGCGAAUCCCCGGUGGUACCAUUGUCGGCUGCAACGCGUGGGUGCUCCAUCGGCGACCCGAAAUUUUUGGACCCGACGUCGAUGUCUUCAGGCCGGAACGCUGGUUGGAGGCCAGGCCGGAGCAAUUGAGGGAAAUGAAGGCCACCAUGUUCCAAUUCGGCGCGGGCGCGAGGACUUGUAUUGGGAAAAAUAUCAGUUUGUUGGAGAUUUAUAAGCUGGUUCCGACGUUUUUGAGGAAUUUCGAGGUCGAGAUGGCGGGAGAGGAGGAUGCGGAGUGGAAGACUUGUAAUGCUUGGUUCAUUACGCAGGACUUUGAUACGAAGUUCCGACCGAGGAGGAUUGCGCAGAGUGCGUAG